UAAACUGUCACCAUCGCCGUUUAUGUAGAAAAAACUCUCACAAAAGCCAUUUAGAAAGUUCAAACAGGAAUUUGCUCGAGGAAAUUCACAGUUAAACAAGCAUGUCACACUACAUGACCCAAAAACCGGUCAUUUUAAGUAAGCAUAAAAUAAACGUUAUUGCACAUGGGCGACCAUUAAGCCCUAUUGGAUCGAUUAGAUCGAUUAGCCCUUAUGUACCAAGAUGUGUUAAGAGUAAUCCAGACAAAGAAAACCAUGGGCGCUCUUUACCAUCUUUGCGAUCUGCAUCCACAAUAUCGACAGCAGAUUAUCAAAGAACUGCACAAGACAAUUUGUUAUCUAUUAGUAAUAAUUUAAGUAAUAUGCUGCAAGAGACUUUUUCGGGCAUAGAUAAUAUUUGCCAAAAAGUCAGAUUGUGUUUAAUAGAAACUAAUGCUCUAAGUACUCCUGAAAGUCAGCACUUUUUCUCAGUAACGAAAAGUCGCAUUGAAAGCAAACUGAGUGUAUGUGAAGAAGAAAAUGAAGUAUUGGACCCUAAAAAUCCCAGUCUUAGUGAGUCUGAUCCAAUAAUUACUGUUGCUGAAAUAAUAGAAGAAAAUGUUGAAGAAAAACCCGACAUCGAAAUUAAAGAAGUUAAAACUGAAGAGGAACCUUUAAAGAAACCUAAAAGGAGCAAUAGCUUGACACCCUUUUUUACCAUCCUGAAUCCUACAACGCUCUCGGCCGAAUCGGUCGGUGUCAAAUCGAUGUCGUCCAAACUGAUGCUUUCACGCAAAUGUACCGCUGAAAAUUUAAAACAUACAAUGAAGGAAGUCGAAAAAUUGACCAACUACGAAAACUUUUUAACCUCCAUGGUUGACGAUAUCAACAGAGAAAUCGAUGAAUGCUACUCAAACUGUCAAAAGAUGGGUGGAGACACAAAAAAGAAUAAUAAAAAACUUAAAAGGCCAAAUACGUCUCCUGUGCAAGGGAACGUUGAUGGCAAUUGUCAAAAAUACACUAAUACCGCAGCCUUAAAUGUCCUUAAGAAAAUUAAGAAAAUUCAUAAAGAUGGAAACGAAGAACAUUUUUCAGACAAUGAUUUGCUUUCUAAGUUGUCACCAAUAAAUCUUAAAAGCAGACAUCCUGUUCUAAUGAAUGAAAAGACAGAUUUUUCAUACCCUGAUGUAUAUCGUAAAAGAGCAAUAACUAAUCUAUUUGGAAGAAUGCAGGCUCAACUAGAGGCCAACGACAGUUUCAUCUUUUUUCAAAAAUUAAUGGCCAAAAACAGAAAAAAUUUUGAAAAAAAUAGACCAAUGUCUAGCGGAUCACGCCAAAGUCUGAAGAACUCUAAAAUAAAACAGCCAAUGCAGUACCUAGUUAGCCAAAAAGCUUUUGAAAAACGACAAAAUGAAUCUUCGAUGCGGAAAAAAUCAUUGACCGAAUUUUUAAGUAAAAAAUAUCAUGACAGCCUAUGGUUUAAGAAACAGGGAAAACUUGCAAGAAAAGAAAAACACAAAAAGAAACAAAUUGAGACAAUAAAGAAUAGUAAAUUCUUAACAAAAAAUUAUAGUAUCGAUAGUACUAAUAGCUUACCAUCAUCUAGGCAGACAAAUAGAAGUACAUCAAAACGAUCCUCAAAAGAGAGUAGUGUCAGUCUUAAUGUUUUUUUAGGAACAUUAUCUAAAUAUGAAGUAACAGUUACAAAUAAUCAACCCCUUUCCAACUCCGAAAGAUGCAGAAUACACUGGAUGAGAACGAAAUAUUCGCAGUUAAGUCAUAAAAGGUUAAAAUAUCUAGAUAUUCUGGAUGAUAUAAGUGAGAAAGAUAUUUUGCCUUUUAAAGCUGAAUAUCCAAGAAAAGAUGAAAUUAAUAACACAUCACGCAAUGUUAAAGACUCCUAUUUAUACCAAAUGAUGUAUGGAAAUGCCAAGGAUAAAGCUUGGACUGAAUUAAUCGAGCCUAGCACGAAAGGAUCAAAUGAAAACUUAAAACUAUGUAGCGAUCUUCCAGUUACUCAAAAUGAUAAAAAUGAAAGGCAACAGAUUGAACAUGACAAAGCUCAGGUUAUCAGGACGCUCUCAAAAUACAUCUUCAAUCACAAAAGUCCAAGUACAAUUUUCACAGUGAUGCCUGUUCACGUAUUUUAUGAUAAUCCGAGGCUUAAUAAUGGCCCUAGAAGAGCGGAAGUCGUGCCACAAAAGUUGCCCUUACCACCAAUGAAAGAAACAAAAGAAGUCGUUAAAAAGGCAGAAUGGAUGACGGAUUUAUGUAGAAGGCAAAAGCCGAUGAAAGUGGUAUUUGAUCCAAUUCUACGAAAAAUCGAAAAGGAAAUUCGAAUAGUAUCUGGAAGGAAUGAAAGAAAGCGAUCACCUCCCAGGAUGAAUCUUACUAGUUCUUGGUCUCCAAAAAAUUUUAGUAAAUUCUGCGCUCCACAUAAAACAGCUGGUGUUCGAACAGGAUCUGUAAAUAUUGAAUCUCUUCAGAUGGUGCAACAACCUAGUAAACAUGUAAGAACAGCUCCUAUCAAUGAGAAUCAGAGUACUGCAGGCCUUUCCAAAGGAACCGCAGAUUCACACCACCCAGUAGUUCCACCAUUAUGGAAUUCCACUCAAGGGAUUAAUUCUGCCGUGACAAAAAAAGAUACAAUCAAAGGUAUUCAAAAAGAAUUGGACCAGCAAGUAGCCAAAUCAAAAGAUGAUAGAAAAAGAAAAAUAUGGGAGAAUAAAUAUGGCAAAUCUGUUGGGCAAAAACUGUUAAAUUUUAUAGAAAAACAGCCCAGUGCUUAUCAGACUCCCAUUCCAAAGUAUGCUUUGCCAAAGACAGUCAAGGAUACGAAUAGGCAAAAGCAAAUGUUGAACCAACUUCUUUCACUUAAGCAAAAAAAUGAUGAUAUUCAAGUGAAUAUUCAGAAAGCAAUUGGAGUAAUUGAACAAAAAAUGGUGGACAUCCUUGGAAAACCAGCAACUCAAGGUAUGGAAGCUUUUGAUCAAAUGGAGAAAGAAAUAUCUGACGUUUUAAGCCUAAUGAAAACAAAUAUUCCAAGGAAAAAUUGUAAUGAUAACGUAGACAGCUAUUGUAAUGAUAUUGAUCAAAUUUCAAAGGAGCUUUUUACGAAGUUGGAUAAAAUAUUAGAAUCGCCAGUGCUUACAUCAGAGAAGAGCAGUGAGCAUAAUUCAUCUAGAUGUAAAAAAAGAACUAAACAAAGAUUUGCCAGAGAUAGGUCGCAAACUGCUGAUAUGAAGCAAGUUUGUUUUAGUUCUACUUCUGCUUCGGGAGAAGAGAAAUUUACCAUCACAGGGAUCUCUCCCAGAAAAUCGACAAAAAGACCCAUGCGUCUUUUAAAUUCUUCUCAAAAUGCGGAUCUGGAAUUAUUAAAUGUACAGAAAUUGCGAGAUGAAAUUCAAGCUCAACGAUUGAAAAACUGCAAUGAACUUACUGAUGCUAAUGAGAACCCUAAUCAAGUAACAGAAUCAAUUAAUAGCAUUCCUAAAAAUCUACAUACAAGUGAUAUCAAGCCAGUAGUUGAGCAGGUGGUGAAUUUAGCAUUGUGCAGCGUACCUAAAGGAGGCUUUGCUGGAGACCAACCUGAAAAGCGCAAAAAAAGUAUAAAUAUUGAAAGUCCUGUUAAUUAUAGUAUUGAAGAUGAUGAUGAAUCAACGCACUCAAAGGGAUAUGGAGAUUCUGGUAAUAAACCUUUUGAACCACGCUGUGAGAAAGCUGACGCUAAUGGAGAUGUAACUGUCAGUCAAAUAGGAGAAGUUAUACAGGAAACUAAAAUUGAAACAGAGCUUGAGAAAAAUUCUAAUCAAACAUUAAUUUUAAAUGACCAAACCCUUCCAGAAGCCAAUAAAGAUAUAAAGGAAUUAGCUGACUUAUAUUACACACCUGCGACCUCCCCGAUUUGUAACAUACGGGACACGUUUCAAGUUUUGCCUCAAGAGCCUGAUAUAGGAUCUACAUGGCAACAGGAACCAGAAAUAUUGAAUGAUUUCACCAAAGAUUUCCCAGUGAAAGAAUCUGCAGAGGUUGAAGAUGUAACUUGUGAGCAACCUUCUCGUGAAAGUAUGCAAGAGCUACAGGAUAUAUCUGAAAGUGUAGCAUUGCAACUAUCGGAAAGUAGUGAAGAUGGGCAUAGUACAACAAGCCUUGAGAAGGACGAAUUUUAUAAAAAUGUUACCAGGAUAAUCACAAGAGUAGAAACGGUAUAUUCGCAGCUAGAUGAAUUUGAAGAGAUUUUAUCCAAAGAAGAAGAACAACAGCAACCUAAGAUUCCAAUAUUUCAGGAUUCAUUAACAAAAAAUGAAGAAAUUCCUCCUGAUACUUUUCUGACCCCUUUCAUGCAUGAUGUUAAAAACCUUAGACAAGCAAUUACUGAUAAAACAAGUCCCAAAAAUUCACCAAGAAUAUGCAGAAGUCCAUCAUUUUUUAACGUUAUCAAUUUAUUGGAUAAUCUGACUGAUAUUAAGGGGGAAAUGCCCAUUGAAGUUUACACAGCAAGAGUUCUAAACACAGCACUCUUAUGCCACAUUCCACAAACAUUUUGCUUCUCAUGGAUACAAAACCCAAUCUCAUAUAGUUCGACUGAACUCGCGCACUCAAAGGUUCCAAUGAAAAAAAAAUCUGGAUGCCUCAAAAAUCCGUCAAGCCUCGUAAACAUGAACACAUCGCCGUCGAAAAGUAAGCAGAAAGUUAGCUUUUUACUUCAGAAAGAACACAAGGCCUCUCAGGUGACCAUUUGUGCUGUGCAUGCUAAAUUGUCUACUGAACGCGUGUUAAGCUCUGAUAAUUCCACGUUGACUAGUAAUUCGUAUCAGUCGAAGAAAGACCAACAAGUUAGCGCGUACUUAAAUGCGCAAGAAAGUAGAAGUGUUGAUAAUAUAAUGUCACUAAAUGAGGAUGUCACAUUACAAACUACUACUGAGUACAGCGAAGAAAUUGUUAAUAAACUUGAGGAUCCAAUGCCUGAACAAGUGGUUCAAAAAACUCAGGAAAAUAUUCAAAAACAUGACGCAGAUGAAAAUGAAAAUAAGAAAAAUGUAGUCGAAAUAUUCAGAAGUGGAAAUCCAGAAGAAGACGGCAAAGAAAAGAUUAAAAUUUUUCACGAUACCUUUGUGAAGGAUAAGGACGUUAUCAAAGAAUGCCUUAAAGGCUUCUACAACGACCACUUUAUUACGCAAGCAACGAACUCGCAAAAUCAAAACUUUAUUGUUAAAAAACAUGAUGGCAGUGUGGACAAAUUGGUUAAAAGUAUGAAUUCAGAAAUUUUAUACAAUGAGAUUCAAAAAGAGGCGCAUUUGCUGCAAACGCCUAAAAAUGUGAAUCAUUUUAUAGACUCGAAUCUACUUAAAAGGGCCAUAACAGAAAGGCAAAACCUGAGAAUAAUGAAAACCAGAAAUUUAUGCUUAUCAUUGCAGCAAAAAAUAAGUCAGGACGAAAUAUUAGAUAGUAGUGCAGGUAUAAGCAGUGGGAAAAAGGAGGGGCUGAUUAAAGGGUUUUAUGCCUUUGUGUACUUGCUAAUGUUUACGGCAUUAAAUUUAGAGUAUAAAUGUGUCCAGUGAUAAAUAAAUAAAUAAAAAGUCGAAA